AAUACUGUAUUAACAAAUGGCAACAGUAAAUAGAAUAAAACUUUUUGUUGGAAAUCUUCCCUGGACAGUUGGCCAUAAGGAAUUACGAGGUUACUUUAAGGAGUUUGGUCGUAUCAAUAGCGCAACAGUAAUAUUUGAUAGAAAAACAGGACUUUCUAAAGGUUACGGAUUUGUUCAGUUCAACAAUUUAACUGCUUUGCAAAAAAUUGAAGCGCAGCAAAAACAUUUGCUAGAGGGCAGUUAUAUAAAUAUACAGAAAGCAUAAAUUAAACUGAUCGUAUCAUCUAA